CAAGUGUGUGUUGUGACUGAUGUUUGCAGAGACUAAGAUUUAAUACUUGGUCUUGAUAGCCGAUGCAUUGCAUUUUGAGUUCUAAAUCUAACUUCUAUGGUGUUUCUAGUUUUUAGAUGAUAAAUUAACAUUGUUAUAGGUGUAUACCGAAAAAGUAUUAUCUGCAAGAAAUGGCAGACCCAUCAAAGGGUCGUGGCCGUGGCUUGGCCUUAAUUCAAUCGUUACGAGCUCAAAAAAAUUUGGAAUCUUCAAAGCAAGACACACCUAGUGAAACCUCAAGUUCUCUUGAUAUGUACCCACCACCAAGUGCUGCAUCAAGCUAUACUCCUAGCUAUGCCCCAAGUGCAGUUUCUUCCGCCAUGGCAGCACCUCCAGCCGGUGGAGGGAGAGGAAAAGUUGCAUUACUUAGUAAAAUGCUUCACAAACCUGGUGGAGGCGGAGAUGUUCCGUUAUUAUGUCCAGCAUCAGAUGUUAAACCAAGCAGUAGUGCCCCAAAGAGUAUGGGGAGAGGUCUCAAAUUGAUUGAAUCUUUAAGAGCUGCGCAAUCACAUUCCUCGCCACCUGGUGGCAGUGUUGCUAGUGUGGUUGAUUCAGUGACUGAUCAAAUGGCAGCUAGCACUAUUACGGCAGGCACUGAUGCCUCAUCGGCGGGCAAGAAUAAGUACUUUAGAGAGAUAAAAGAUACUCCACCAGUUGUAAUGAAAGGUACGACUGGGACGCCGUGUGACGUCACAGCCAACUACAUAUACCUAAGGUUUGAAGAAAGUAACGUUUUCGAGUAUCAAGUUAAAUAUGAACCCGACCAGGACCACAAGCAUCUACGGUUUAAACUGCUUAAUGAACAUAGAAAACUGUUCGAAGUGAAGACGUUUGACGGGUCAAUACUAUACGUUCCUCACCGGUUGCCCAAUGACGUCACUGAUCUCGUCUCAACUAACCCAUAUGACGACAGCAAAGUUAAUAUCACCAUAAUAUUCAAUCGCACACGACGCCUUAGCGAGAUGAUACAUAUAUACAAUCUGCUCUUCAAACAUAUAAUGUCUGACCUUGAGUUGGUGCGUUUCGGGCGGCAACACUUCAACGAACACGCGGCCAUACAAAUACCACAGCACAAAUUGGAAGUUUGGCCUGGAUAUGUGACAGCGGUAAAUGAAUACGAAGGCGGUUUAAUGUUGACCCUUGACUCCACUCACCGGGUGUUGCGUACCCAGAGCGUGUUAUCUUUCAUAAAGGAUACUGUGCAAGCUCAUGGGGCGAAUUGGAAGAACUUGGUUAAGGAUACUCUGUUUGGUAGUUCUGUUAUGACCAGCUAUAACAAGAAAUUGUAUCGGGUAGACGCUAUCGACGAUAAUUUAACGCCGAAAUCGACAUUUGAGAGAAUAGAAAAUGGGGUUCCCGUGCAGAUAUCAUACAUCGAUUACUACAAGAAGAAUUAUAACAUCGACAUUAUGGAUUGGGAUCAGCCGAUUUUAAUUUCAAGGGACACAAAACGAAUAUCCGGCGAGGAAAAGGAAGUGGACUAUAUGAUAUGCCUGAUUCCGGAACUGUGCCAGCUGACAGGAUUGACAGACGACCAGAGGAACAACUUCCGGUUAAUGAAAGAUGUCGCUACGUACACCCGAAUCACUCCGAAUCAGCGACACGCGGCCUUUAAACAGUUCGUCAGCAACGUAUUGAAUAAUGAGUCGGCUAGGAAUCGCUUAAAAGGCUGGGGUCUGAGCCUCGCGCCUGAGACAAUAGAUAUAACAGCUAGGACUCUGCCCCCCGAAGCCCUAUACUUCGGGAACAACGUGAAAGUCCCCGGGAAACCCAAUGCUGAAUGGAAUGCUGACGUCACGAAGAAUUCCGUGAUGCAAGCUGUGGAUAUAUACAAAUGGGCUGUGCUGUUCACCGAUCGGGACAAACAGACGACUAUGAGUUUCAUUGAAACAGUCCAACGCUGCUGUAAGCCAAUGGGUAUAACGAUCGACAAGCCGCAAUUCAUUCGAUUGCCGAACGAUCGAACUGAUUCGUUUAUUAUAGGGCUUAGAGAGGCGAUACAAACGAGGCCGCAGAUUAUUGUCGUUAUAUGCCCUUCGUCACGCGAUGAUCGCUAUUCGGCUAUUAAGAAGGUCUGUUGUUCGGAUGCCGGGAUACCUUCACAGGUCAUAAACGCCCGGACAAUAAUGAACCAGCAAAAAGUACGUUCGAUUACUCAAAAGAUUCUAUUGCAAAUGAACUGCAAGCUCGGCGGGACGUUGUGGCACAUCCAUAUUCCUAUCAAGUCUGUGAUGGUGGUCGGAACCGACAGCUACCACGAUCCCACGCGACGACGGCGCAGUGUUUGUAGCUUCGUAGCAUCAUACACGCAAACUCUAACGAAGUGGUAUUCGACAGCCGUCUUCCAGGAGGCAGGCCAAGAGAUAAUAGACUGUCUGAAAGCGUGCCUCGUCAAUUCCUUGAGGCAUUAUCUGAUUUCAAACGGAUAUUUACCAGAAAGAAUAAUUAUGUAUAGGGACGGCGUCAGCGAUGGACAAUUUAAACAAGUGCAAACAUACGAAAUACCGCAGUUGAGGCUUAGUAUCCAAGAAGUGGAUACACAAUACCAACCAAAGAUUACGUACGUGAUCGUACAAAAGCGUAUAAAUACGCGUAUAUUUUUGAAGUCCGGUCCUGGAUUAUUCGAAAAUCCUGCUCCGGGGACUGUCGUAGAUCACGCUAUUACUAGGAGGGACUGGUACGACUUCCUAAUCGUCUCACAAAAGGUGAACCAAGGUACGGUCACACCCACCCACUACGUCGUAGUCAAUGACGAUAGUAAAAUGCCACCAGACCAAUGCCAAAGACUUACGUACAAAUUGACGCACUUGUACUACAAUUGGCCUGGCACAGUGAGAGUGCCAGCGCCGUGCCAGUACGCGCAUAAACUGGCCUUUCUGGUCGGCCAGAACAUUGGCAAGAACACCAGCGAAGCGCUCGCUGAUAAACUAUUCUUUUUGUAAAUAACGUACGUGUUUUGGCCGUAGAAUUCCAGUACUUUGCCAGUACGUACUUAAACGUAUAACAACACUGCAAAAAGAUUUGUAACUAUUUGUUUUUUAAUUCAUUUUAAAUAGUUGUAGAUGACAUUGGCAAGAACACCAGCGAAGCGCUCGCUGAUAAACUAUUCUUUUUGUAAAUAACGUACGUGUUUUGGCCGUAGAAUUCCAGUACUUUGCCAGUACGUACUUAAACGUAUAACAACACUGCAAAAAGAUUUGUAACUAUUUGUUUUUUAAUUCAUUUUAAAUAGUUGUAGAUGACAUUGGCAAGAACACCAGCGAAGCGCUCGCUGAUAAACUAUUAUUUUUGUAAAUAACGUACGUGUUUUGGCCGUAGAAUUCCAGUACUUUGCCAGUACGUACUUAAACGUAUAACAACACUGCAAAAAGAUUUGUAACUAUUUCUUUUUUAAUUAAUUUUAAAUAGUUGUAGAUGACAUUGGCAAGAACACCAGCGAAGCGCUCGCUGAUAAACUAUUCUUUUUGUAAAUAACGUACGUGUUUUGGCCGUAGAAUUCCAGUACUUUGCCAGUACGUACUUAAACGUAUAACUACACUGCAAAAGAUUUUUUACGAUUUUCUUUGUAAUUAAUUUUAAAUAUUUGUAGUAAGUACAUAUGCUACUCAUAUUCCGAGUGAAUGUAUGUAAACAGGCCUAUUUAGUCGACUAGAACUAAAGAUAAACUAUUAUUUUUGCAAAUAACGUCACGUACGUGUUUUGACUCCUCAAAUAUAGCAAACCCCUUAACAAGAUUUGUAACGAUUUGAUAAAUUAAAAAAAAAUACUCCGUCAAAUGUAAUUGUAAUGUCUAAUUUCGAAAAAAAAAUUAUAAAUAAAUAAAUUAAUUAAUAAUUAAUAAAACAUUUAAUAUUAAUUUAUUUUAAAAUUCGUAGUAAUGUACAAAUGUCACUGUCUGAAAUGUCCGAGUGACAGUACGUACGCACAUUACCUGCGUUUGUACCUUUAACAUCCAAUAGUGAUUCUGACGGUUUUCUGACGGUUUUCUCUCAAUAGUAGUUCUGACACAAUCUUAAUAUCGCUAUUGGGAUUUAGGGGCAAAGUAAGGAUUCUGGUUAUAUUCGAAAUUAGACAUUACAUUUGAUUUGGUUUUUUCUUAUGUUAAGGUAUACAUUAAAACUUUACGUGACUAUUUCAUAGCAACCACAUAAAUUUAUUCAAAAUUUAAUAAAAAUUUAAUAAAAUUUAAUCGUUGAGUAUAAAAUGUCUUACUGGGAUAUUUUUUACUAAGCGGUUUUCAUUCUCAAGUAAGUUGGUUUUAGUUCAAGUUAUUUAGUUAAUAAUCGUUUAUUAUAUAAGUAAUUUUGCGAAAAAGGUUGUGGAAUAAAACAAAAAAGCUGGUUUAAGUUUUAGACAGUUUAAACUUGUCCAAAAU